GACGCAGAGAAGGCAUCACGUGCUCUCAAGGCAGCACAACGCAAGCAAAGUCAGAAAGCCCUCCAUGAUGGCAUUGCUGAGUUUGUCACAGAGCAAUCAAAGAAGAUCGGAGAGAUCGCGAGGUUGCACAAUGUAACCCAGGACCACGUCAAGAACUUGGUGAACUUUCACACACAUUACAAGAAAACGCGAGCACCUCAACUCAUGAAUGCGCUUGUUCACGCCAAGGCGAAAGAAGUCAACGCAGAUCUACCAACUGGAAGCAAGUACACCCUCAAGGAAGUUCGCAAACUUGUUGAAGACGACCCCACGCUGCACCCACAUAUGCUGACGCGGGAUGAGAAAAAUACCUACAUAACUGACCUUGUAGAAUAUAGGAACCUCAAAACGAGUGGCUCACGUGCAAACAACAUAGCGGCCGCACGUGAUGUGGUAGCUACCACGGAAAAAAUCAAAGAGGAGCUCGAUGGAUUGCGCGACCGCUGUGGGACAUACGCAACAUUCGUCAUCGCAGGUGGGCACGUUAACGACCAGACACCGGCCACUUGGUAUGCAACGGACAAUGCUUCAGAUUUCUGGGAAGACGCCCUGAAUCUCGUGCUUGAUGAUGUUGCACGUAAAUUUGAGCAGUGGGCGUGCAGUCAAGGCAAAAAUAUCGUGGAACGCGACAGUCUUGAGAACAUGCAAAAGCAAGCUGCAAGACUCGUUCUCGCUGGUCUACGUAUGUAC